UUAACAGUUUAUGUAACAUACGGACCUUACUUAUAUUAAAGAAAAUCAGGAACUUUGUUCAAAAUGUUUCGAUAAACGAAAUUCUAAAGUCAUAUACUUUAAUUGUAGAACCAUAUACUUUACGUAUAUUUUGAAGGAUUAACAUCUGCUUUGAAGAAAACUUUCCAACUUUCCAAUUCUGGAUUUGCAAACGAUUUCACAAUUAGUGUGUUCCUUUGGUGCUAAACGAUUCCUCAAAAUGAGUACCAACAUCACCACCGAGUUUUGACGGUAUAAACUGAAAUCGUAUCCGUGCGUUUAAAAGUCAAAGUGACGUAAUCAAACCACAGCGAUGACGUGCGUGUUUUUGACAUGUGGAGGCAACGGGUUCUGUUCCAGUCUUCUUAGCAUUGUCGUCAGCGUCACAUUCAGUUUCCAUGCGGUUGGUCUAUUCAGUCCAUUUUGGUUCUGUGAGGGACCUGGCUGUCAUCUGACCGGUCUGUUUUUCACAUGCAGUGACGGCUCAUGUUCAAUUAAUGUUGAAAACACAGGACUGCUGGUGGUGGGACUGAUCGUGUUUGCUUCCAGUGUGUUUCUGGUCGUCACGACCUUUAUAGUUUUCAACUGUACGAGCUACAAGUACCUUAAACUUGACCCACACCUCGCCCUUGGGUUUGGCGGAUGGUUUAUCGUACAGGAAAUUUUAACCAUUGUACUGCUGGUGAUCGCGGCCGUUAAGUAUGACCGUCUCGGAUGGUCCAUCUACAUCUUCACGGUCGGCGGGAUCUUCUGUAUGUUCAUUGUCAUUCUGAUAGUGCUUUACCACUGGUGCAAGGCCCGCCCCUCCGUUGGCAGUGAAGGCACUAACCCUAUACCGGAGAAGGACUUUGCGUAAAAAACUGCUGCUGAAGCACCGAUCACGAAGUCGACGGACUUAAGACUUGGAUAGUUUGUGCUACUGAAUGUAUUGCUAUAGAAUUAUGGUAAACGAGAAGAUAUAAUGCGAUCGUUGAGAUGAAAAAAGGCUUCUUUAAAUGUUUAUAAUUGUGUUUUAUGACCUCACGUUUCUGGGGAGGGGUCUGGAUUUGCCAUAGUCAGCAUGUCCACCCGUCCAAAUAUCUAAUGUUGCAAUUACGUUUAAAAGUAGUAGACCUGCAGUCCUGAAUUUUCAUAAGUGUAUUGGUAAGCAUGGGGGCAACUUAAUUGUUUAACAUUUCACUCGGUUUAGCACACGCUUUUUAUGUGGUCCAGUGACAGUCUUUUUCAAUUUUUCUGUUGGUUUAUAUUUAUAACGUAGAUCGAUUCUGAUAAAAGCAUUAACACGUAGUUUCAUAGAGUAUAUUACAAUCAGUUUGUUUUUCCACCAAGGCAUACUUGUUUAAUAAGUGUCGGUAGUUAAAGGCUGCAUGUGCUCGGUGUUGGCAUUUUUGUUAGGGUCAAUGACAAUCGAGGAGUAUUCCAAUUUUCUGUUCAUUAACGUAGAUCGAUUCUGAGGAAUGCACCAAUACACACCAAAUAAGUCAGAGUACAAUUAUGGUCAUCUACAGAAAAUAGAGCUGCCUACUCUAACAUAUACUUACGGCAUUUACCUUAGUACCAAAUUGGUUUUGCAUGUAUCUCCAAAAGUAUAUUACACCUAAAUUCCUGAAACUUUAUAGGAAUAUUGAUCAGUAUUUUAGGUUUUGCACCUGGGGUUUCGUUUGAUAAAAAACGCAGGUUAUCAGUAGUUAUGACCCUUCACUUAGUAAAAUAAUUUGAAAUAGUGUAAGGGACUUAUUGCUCACUUAUACUCGUGCAACUCGUGCCAAUAUACAAGUAAGCAUGUGGAAGUUUUGUUUUUAUUCCCAUUACUUCUGUUUCACAUAGUUAAGACUAUAAUUAUUAAAUUUGUGUACGAUCAAUAAUGUUCUCAGUACACGUGAUCAUCCAUUUAAGGCUGGGCUGGUCAGUUUUCUUUAAGUGGAACUCUUAUUCAAAAUCAAUACUAACACCUGUAUAACAAACAACAAAUUUGACUGAUAAACCUUUAACUAUUUACUAAAUAAUGCAUCUAUGGAAAAUAUGCAUUACUGAUAACAAGAUUGUAACCGUGAUUUUAAUAGCUGAAAACGAAAAUAUUAAAAGACUGUUGAAUGCUAAAACAUUUACUGUGGCCUACUAAAGUCUCAUGAGGUAGAAAUACCGUGUUUUAUGCUCAUUUCUUUCAAAUUAAACUCGGUAUCCUUCAUACGAGUAAGAACCAUUGUUUUCGACAUUUAUACACCCUUAAUUAUCCUCCGCCUUGAAAAGGCGAGGGGAUAUAAUAAUGGUAGGCGCGAUUCUGUGUGUGUAUGUGUGUGUGCAUGCGUGUGUGCGUCCGUCCGUCCGUCCCACAUUCAUUUCUUUGCAUCUCCCCUUACAUUUCUCAUGCGAUUUCUACCAAACUAUCACAGAUUGAUGAUCAUAAAGUGAAGCAGCGCAUAUUGUCGGGCUUUUAGGAUUCGACCAUUUUUGAAAGAGUUAUAGCCCUUUGUUUAUUUUACAUUUAAAAUUGGUUUCUUCGCAACUCCUCUUACGUUUUUCAUGCGAUUUCUACCAAACUAUCACAAAUUGAUGUUCAUAAAGCGAAGCAGCGCAUAUUGUCAGGCUUUCCUGAUUUGACCAUUUUUGAAAGAGUUAUUGCCCUUUGCUUAUCUUACAUUUAAAAUUGGUUUCUUCGCAACUCCUCUUACGUUUUUCAUGCGAUUUCUACCAAACUUUCACAGAUUGAUGAUUAUAAAGUGAAGCAGCGCAUAUUGUCGGGCUUUCCUGAUUUGACCAUUUUUGAAAGAGUUAUUGCCCUUUGCUUAUUUUUCAUUUAAAAUUGGUUUCUUCGCAACUCCUCUUACGUUUUUCAUGUGAUUUCUACCAAACUUUAACAGAUUGAAGAUCAUAUAGUGAAGCAGCCCAUAUUGACGGACUUUUGCGAUUUGACCAUUUUUGAAAGAGUUAUUGCCCUUUGCUUAUUUUACAUUUAAAAUUGGUUUCUUCGCAACUCCUCUUACGUUUUUCAUGCGAUUUCUACCAAACUUUCACAGAUUGAUGAUCAUAUAGUGAAGCAGCGCAUAUUGUCGGGAUUUCCUGACUUGACCAUUUUUGAAAGAGUUAUUGCCCUUUGCUUAUUUUACAUUAAAAUUGGUUUCUUCGCAACUCCUCUUACCUUUUUAAUGCGAUUUCUACCAAACUUUCACAGUUUGAUGAUUAUAAAGUGAAGCGGCGCAUAUUGUUGGGCUUUCCUGAUUUGACCAUUUUUGAAAGAGUUAUUGCCCUUUGCUUAUUUUACAUUAAAAAUUGUUUUUUUCGUAACUCCUCUUACGUUUUUCAUGUGAUUUCUACCAAACUUUCACAGAUUGAUGAUUAUAAAGUGAAGCAGCGCAUAUUGUUGGGCUUUCCUGAUUUGACCAUUUUUGAAAGAGUUAUUGCCCUUUGCUUAUUUUACAUUUAAAAUUGUUUUUUUCGCAACUCCUCUUACGUUUUUCAUGUGAUUUCUACCAAAAUUUCACAAAUUGAUGACUAUAUAGUGACACAGCGCAUAUUGUCGGGCUUUCGCGAUUCGGCCAUUUUUGAAAGAGUAAUUGCCCUUUUUUUACAUUUGAAAUUGGUGUCUUCACAACUCCUCUUACAUUUUUCAUACAAUUUCUACCAAACUUUCACAGAUUGAUGAGUAUAUAGUGACACAGCGGGCUUUCGCGAUUCGACCAUUUUUGAAAGAGUCCUUUCUUUAUCUUACAUUUAAAAUUGGUUUCUUCGCAACUCCUUAUAUUUAUGACUAUAUAGUGACACAGCGCAUAUUGUCAGGCUUUUGCAAUUUGACAUUUUUUGAAAGAGUUAUUGCCCUUUCUUAAUUUUACGCAUUUCUUAUGUUCCUGAGAAACUACCCUUAUCAUUGAUUGGCUUUCGUUACAAAAAAUGUCCCCAUGAGGCGGGGGAUAUAGCUGUCUGUGACCGCUCUUGUGGAAUAUUAAAACAAUAUUAUUAAUUGUUGUAAACCUAACAUUGAAGUAAGAUUGCAUCUUAAAGUUUAAUGUUCUAGCUGAAUGCAUACAUUGUAUGUCCAUUAUACACUUUAGUAUGUAGAUGCAUUUUUCAGCUCCACGUUUGAGUUUGCUUAUUGGUCCUCAAACAUGAAGGUCAAAGUUACUCUAGCUAAAAUGAAUACCUUCGUUAGAAUCGUUAUAUUUACCAUAUUGUUUUUCUUUAACACGAUUCAUUCUAUUUGGUAUGCUGAACAUGUAGGGAACGUGAGGAAGCAGAUAGUGAAUUUAUUUAAUAAAAUAUAUGAUUAUAUCCUAUUGAUAACGCCAGCCAUGACAACUAUACUGUGAGAAAAGGCCAUAUAUAAAAGCGUAUCUCUCAAAUCGAAUAGAAUGUCCUUCACGACAGCUCUUUUAGGAGUUGUGUACAAAAAAGAGCCAAUGACAAAAUAAAAGCACUCGAUAAUACUGGUGUUAUCUUAAAUGUAAGCUUCUUGAGUGAAAUUCAGCUGAAAAUUGGUGAAAAUUUUCUACUUUCGUUUGUAAACAUGCAUGUGUUUCAUGGGAGAAUCGGUUUUAUAACUCCAUAAACAAUAUGUUUACAAAAUAACCGAAAUACACGUGAAGAUUAAACAUAUUUAUAUGGCACUGCAUUCCCCGAUUUUUCAAUUAAGCCCUCAUUAUUGUGAUAUUUGAUAAAAUAACGAGUCAUACUUUCGUUAUAUGAUGA